GACUAUUCCAGCAGUCUCCAUGGAAAGCAAUUAGGUCAAACUGCAGAGUCCACCUCUUCUUCGUUCCCUCCCUCUAUAUAAGAGACGGUGAUGGUGGUGGUCAGGUGAAGCCGUGAAGGAGUCGAUCCAUCCGACCGAAUCCAUUUCGGAGGAGUCUUCGUUUUCAAGAGGAUCUGAAGGCCAACAUUGUCACGAUUCGGAGUUGUUCGCAGGUGUCAAUUGCACGAUUUUGUCGAAUUCGUGUUGGAUUCUGCUGCCAGGGACUCUUGGCCACUGAUUCAUGUUGUCAUUCUUGGAAUUGCAGAGUGGGUGGCAGUAAAAUAUGGCAGUAGGAAAGGUUCAGCAUGAACGAUCUGUGCCAGCCGGCUUAGAAUUUGUUCAUCGCACAAGCAUAUUGGGGAGAAAAAGAGUUGUGUUAUCUAAGACUAUGGAUUCAGCCAAUUUAUCCUCGCCAUGUGGUGCUCCAUCCAAGAGGCGGGUUACAAGGUGGAGAACGCAGACAUUAAAUCGUUUAGAGGCUCUGCCUCUAGAUAUUUUGGUAAAGACACUGUCUAAAGUCGAUCAUAGUGAUCUGAAACAACUGUUGUUGGUCUCCAAGACUGUAAAUGGAGCAACUUUGAUCGCAAGGGAGUCGCAUUUCGUUUUCAGCACUCCAAUUUCGAAGUCUCUCUUUAAGAAACAGAGCGAUACGAUAGAUAGUGAUCUUGACAUCAUCAACGAGGAAGCUCCACACGCACCGAAUCAACAAAGAGUUGCGAGGUCGAGACUUAAUGGUGUGCAGCUUUCUAGUGUUGCUAUCGCUCUUUUCACGUGAACUGAGUAGUGUGCAAGUAAACUUGUAGAUCUACACUGUGAGUAAGCCAUCUUCAAUCCAUUCAUUGAAGACGAUAAGCUUUGUAUAGAGGAUGAUCUCUUGUCAUGUGAUUGUGUAUAGUUACUGUUUGUUACCUCUCUCA